AUGAACGACUACCACUCAUCGGCGAACGACGCCUUCUCUCCCCAACAGGAGCGCGACCGAUCUGGCAGCACGUCUUUUGGCAAUCUCCCCGUGAGCCCUCCGGGCCCUCCGUCUGAUCAUGGCGGUGCUGCGGUUGACGAUGCCGGAAGCAAAGAUCAGAAGUUAGAUGGCGACAAUGCUUCUCUUACGCAGGCUUCGGGUCCAUCAGGUGCGAAUCCUGAACAGCUGAAGCAAGUUCAAGACGUCUUGUCCUCUGAGAUCGGCAUCCACACGCUUCUAAACCGUCUUAAACAGAGCAUAGCUUCCGCAAAGGAAUUCGCGUUGUUUCUCAAGAAGCGAUCCAGCCUCGAAGAAGACCAUGCCAAUGGCAUCAGGAAACUUACUCGCACCACCCAAGAAGUCAUGCGCCGACCCGACCACCGCCAGGGUACCUUUGGCAGCGCAUACGAAGCCAUGGCGAGCACCCACGAACGCAUGGCUGAGAAUGGCAUUGAGUUUUCGAAAGAACUGCACCAGAUGCACGACGAGCUUAUGGAGCUUGCUGGUGUCGCUGAACGCAGCCGUAAGUCUUGGAAGCAGAAUGGUUUGUCCGCCGAGAAUAAGGUAGCAGAGAUGGAACAAACCAUGCGCAAGAGCAAGGCCAAAUACGAUUCUCUCGCCGAGGACUACGAGCGAGUCAAGACUGGAGAAUCGCGCCAGAGCGGCAAGAUGUUCGGCCUCAAGGGUCACAAGUCGGCCCAGCAGCACGAGGGUGAGCUACUGAAGAAGGUUCAGGCAGCUGAUUCUACCUACCACGGACACGUCCAGUCGUUGCAGGCUGAGAAGGCUCAACUUGUUUCAACAACACGCCCAGAAGCCAUUCGAUCUCUCCAAGACUCAAUCAAGGAGAUUGACGCAGGCAUCUCAUUGCAGAUGCAGAAGUUUGCUUCUUUCAACGAGCGUCUGUUGUUAAGCAACGGUCUGAGUGUCAGUCCCAUACAGGGUCCAGGGGGGCAAAGUAGCUCCUCUCAACGCAGUCUGCGACAAGCCGCUUCCUCGAUCGAUAACGAUAAGGACUUGAACGACUACGUAACAGCACAACACAGAAGUGUGCCUCCUAACACUGGCGAGAUCAAGUAUGAGCGCAAUCCAGCUCUUAACCCUCCUGGCUCCAGCGGCCAGCAUGUACCAGGUGGUCCAGUUCAACAACCUGCAGCUGCAUUGCAGUCACCAGUAUCACAAACACCACCUCAAGGGGGCUUCUCUGGACCUCAACCUCUUGGUCCAGGAUCAAGGACCAGCACUCUUGGCCUUGGUCCUAUCACUGGCAUCACUGGUGGUGACUCGUCAUUCCCACCUUCUGACGACCCUCGCCCAUUUUCACAACCCCAUAACAGGAGCUUCAGUCAAGGAAACAUGCCGGUUCAACAGAGCGAGCCAGGCCAACAAUUCCCUGGUCGGGUUCCUAAUCAACAAGCACAGGCACCUGGUCCACGAUAUGGCAAUGGUGGUUCCUUCAGCUCAACUGGCCCGCCUCAGCUGGGAGCUCUGCCAUUCCAACCCAGCGGCUCCCCUCCUCAGCUAUCAGGCCCUCACCAAGCUCCCCACGAACGCAAGGGCAGUGGUGUCAACCUGAACCAAGGGCCCCCAGGUGCUGGCCGAUCGCCACCUCCCUACGGCAUGUCCAGUCACCCACCGCCUGGGCCUGUACCAGGACCUGUACCCGGAGCUGGGGCUUCUGGUCCCUCGAAGCCAAUGUUCGGUCUACCACUGAGUCGCCUCUAUGAGCGUGAUGGUUUGGCUGUUCCUAUGGUUGUUUAUCAAUGCAUCCAGGCGGUUGAUAUGUACGGCCUUAACGUGGAGGGUAUUUACCGUCAAUCUGGCUCCAUGACACACAUCCAAAAGCUCAAGAACAUGUUUGAUACAGAGUCUUCAAACCCGGCUCUCGACUUUAGGAACCCCGAGAACUUUUACCAUGACGUCAACAGUGUUACUGGCCUGUUGAAGCAGUUUUUCCGUGAUCUUCCUGACCCGUUGCUUACUCUGGAGUACCAUGACAGCUUCAUCGCUGCUGCUAAACAAGACGAUGACACACUCCGCCGUGACUCUCUUCACGCUAUCAUCAACAGCCUCCCUGACCCUAACUACGCUACUCUGCGUGCCCUCACACUUCAUUUAUGGAGGGUGAUGGAUAACUGUCACGUCAACCGUAUGAACUGUCAUAACUUAGCCGUCAUUUUUGGUCCAACUCUGAUGGGCACUGAUCCCAGCACCGCUAUCGCUGAUGCGGGCUGGCAAAUCAAGGCCAUCGACACCAUCCUGCAAAACACUCUGCAGAUCUUUGAUGAGGAUUAG